AUGAACCGCUUUCGAACCAAGAAGAAGGGGAGGGAUGACAACUCCAUUGUUGGCCGCCCGUCAAUAGAUGCUGAGCCGUCUGGUCCCUUUCGCAUGUUUAGCAAGAAGAAAACACAAGAUGAAGAACCUAAAUCAGAGAUUGAUCUGUCCGCGGCUUUGCCAUCUAGUGAUAACUUUCGGACUAGUCUCCUAAUGACCGGUUUAUCAGCCCGCUUCUCCAUGCUUCGAGAACAGGAUGACCCGAAUAGCAAGCUUGGUAAGGCCAGCGACGACAGUGUUCUCUUUCCGAAGCGACAAUCAAGGCUAGCGGAUUUUGGUGUCUUCGCAGGCGGGCUCGACGAUAUUGCGGAAAUCGAGUCGUUAAAGGCGCCCCCACUGGGCCGAUUUGACUCCUAUCAGUCGGAUGAUGCAUCCUCAACAACAGGCAGCAUAAUGGGCCGCAGUAAACCUACAGAAGGGAACAAUCUCUUUGGUGGCAGACAAAAGAUCUACAAGCUUGCGGCGGGCUCUAAAGCUGGCAUGACUGGUAGAGCACUCUACGACGACGACGUAGCACAGUCAUCAUUUCAGAAAUGGCGACAAGCAGAAAAGGAGCGCAAGUCAUUGGAAGAAAGCCAGAAUAACGACACAUUUGACGCGGAAGCUACGCUGAAUUACAGUCGACGCCGGGAGACGAGCUCCACAACCUCAUCUGUUCCUUCAGGAGCUCGAAACUCGACAGCUGCAACUUCAAUCGCCUCUCAACCAUCAUCAAUUAAGGAAACCUCAUCCAAUAUCCACUUGGCGGGCCUUGAGCGAAGCGUUACUCGAACCCGCCGGCUCUAUGAGCAAGGGUUGACGCAGGACCUGCAGGACCAACAAACUUCAGCUCUAUCUCGGAUGGAUACAUUGUCACGGCAGCGGCCCUUCGGCUCGCGAACCCCAGACCCGGCCUCCAUUGUUACUUCACCUACGACCACAACAUUUGGCGACCGUGUAACAGACCGUCGACCUAUCGUUUCCAAGGCUAGCGCACCUAAUCUACGGUCAUUUAGCCCCUCUACGAUGAGUUCCUCCCAAAUGAGCCCUGUCGACUCAAGCAGCAAAUUCCCGAGGCAAGACACAAAGCCUAUAUUUGGAGGGAACCCUCCUCUGAGCCCACCCAUUAGUGAAACCGAGGAGCAUGCAGCUCUUGCUAUCCAACCUAAUGACCGUGGUAAGGCGACGGCAAUGGGUGUCUUCAGUCGACCAGCAAUGCAGUAUGACGAAUCACGAUAUACCCAGCGACAACGUCAACUCCAGCAGGGACGAGACUCGUCUACUUCUCGACACACUACAGCGUCGGCAGGUUCUUCUGUUGAAGGCAGGUCUCGCUCAUCAUCCGCUCAGCGACCGUCAGUAGAGAAGUCCGCUCCAAAAGCUACACCUUCUGAGACCUCCACACUCAAUGAGAACUACGGCAGCACAUUCUUCGAUGAUAGCGACGACGGGUCCAUAAACAACCGAGCCUCUGCUGCCCCCCAGCUGAAAAUUGACCGCCCAAAUGAUCACGAUCAUCCGGCUUUCCGUAAAUCUGCCCUUCCCACCCCUUUAUCGUUGACAUCGCCCAAGGACUCUGAGGAUGGCAGUUCUCUCUCACCGGCACCGAAGACCGAACCACCGGAAGAUUCUCCCACAUUGGGCCCCAACGCAGGUCUAAGUGGUAUGGUUCGACAACACCUGCGACACGAUAGUACCGCCUCGUCUGUGUAUGGUUCGACGAGCCACGAAGUAGCGCCGAGCGUCACAGAGGCCAAUGCCGUCUCCGGAAGGAAUGAUGCUGAUGUCUCCAACGUUGUCAGUGCAUUAGAGCAGGAUGAAUUCGCUCAAAAUCUAGCCGAACGUGCUCAACGUGUUCGUGAACGACUGACAUCAUACGUUGAAUCGGAUAAUGAGCGUUCUGCGCCGCCCACCCCCCCUCAAUCAGAACACAAUAAGGAACUUGCCUCGUCCAAGUCGGGCAGUCUUGGUAUGUUACGGUCAAAAUCAAGCCGAGGGUCCCUUAUGGACAAGACCGAUAAGGAGCGUGGCCGCAGCAAGACGCUCAAGUCUCCCAGGCCCCAGCCCGCCCCAGUCGCCAAAUCACCGUCCCCAAGGAAGGCUUCAAGCAGUCAAGUGGAACCACGAAACGGUGAAGUUUCUAUUCAUUCAAAUGAGCCAGCAUUGCCUGCAAAGGAGGAUAAUGUUCACGUAGGCUUGAAAGCUUUCCGCCAAGCCCGCCGAGAACUACAGAAAAUGAAAGAACUGGAAACACAACAGCGGCAUUCACAGAAGCCCAGUCCCAACCAGGAGCGUCCUCCUAACAGCCGGGUAACCUCAUACGAGAGUGGUCCACCACCUGCAAUUUUCAACCGCAUGCCACGAGAUGGCGAAAGCUAUGGAAGUCGAUCUCGAGCCGGUUCCCAGGCGGCCUCUGAGCGUGACCGAAGUGGCUCUGAAACCAGCAAUAGUGGACGCACGUAUAGCCGGGCCCCAGGGCUUCGCAACGGCUCUGCAACCUACGAAGAUCACUAUGGCCGGCGAGGACUCAGUGGCUCGCCCGGGCCAGAUGUUAGACGCCAGCCCAUGGAGUCAUCUGGUAUGUCUCCGUACAUGUCGACUGGACCUUCUCCAGUUAUGAGUCCAAGCCAUGGCGUCGGCGGAUUUGAAGCCCCUGGGAGGCAUUACUUUCCAGUCAUGCAGACCCCUCAGCAACCAGAUAUGCAUGCAUUUGCAAGAAGCCGUAACGGCAGCUUGCUCGGCGCUGCGGCAUCAACCCCAAACUUGCAUGGCGGUCCUGGAGCACCGCCUUUGCCACCUAUUAACCCUCGCCGUAAGAAUGGCCUUCGGAGACCUAGUGACGAAAACCUAGGACAUCAUAUUCCUAAUAGAAAUUUCGGAGUGGGAGAGAAAGAUGUUGACGAGUCCUACAGAGGCCGAAUGCCCAUGAAUGGACACCAAAGUCGACAAAGUCCUCCUAGAGUGGUCCGGCCAGCUAUACCACACCAUGCCAUGCCGAGCGCAAGCCUACCGGGAGGCAUGAUUUGA